AUGCCUAGCCCGACUCCUCAGGAUCAAUCACUCCCACCCGCCGCCUCCCAGCCCGGGUCCACACAGUACGGCUCCGGGCAUAGCAGCCUCCCUCACCCGCCACCGCCAUCCUCGCCCGGGCCUGGCUCUCAACGAUCACUGAGGAAGCUGGCCUCUGCUCACAGCCUUGCGGCCCACCCAGCCCCCAGCCCCAGGGCUCCUCCCAUGACCGCCGCGAACCCCCCCUCCCUCAUCGCCCAGCAACGCCUGGCCGUACGACAGCAGGACCAACAACACCACCAUCGCGGUCCUCCUUCCGCGAGGAGACAUGCGAGCACCACCAUCCACGCUUCUUCCCCGCGCGCCAGAGCCAGCAGCGACGCCCCAGCGACCCUCCAACUCAACGCCGCCGCCGCAGCAAUGUCCUCCCAGGCCCUGCGCAACAGCGGAGCCCUGGCCGGCCGCACCCUGGCCCACGAUGCCCUGUCGCUCGAGAGGCUCAUCCGGGAUGGCCCUCCCGACGGCGAUUUCGAGAGCGCCCUGGAGUCGGCCAGGAUCAAGGUCUUGAAGCAGGAGAUCAAGAGCGACAGUGAUGGCAUGUCCAAGUUACGCAUAUAUGUCUGGCUCAUCAUGCUCGACGCCCCGGUCCUCAGCACAGAUGACUAUCUCGGCUUCGUACACCGUGGCGCCUCGCCGGCUUACUCCAAGAUCCGCAAUGACACCUUCCGCACCCUGACCACCGACCCUCUGUUCCGCCGCCGCGUGAGCGAGGCCAGUCUCAUCCGCCUCCUCAACGCCAUCGCCUGGAAGCUACACGAUGCCAGGCCCCAGAACCCCAUCGCGGCCACCCGCCAGUCUCUGCCCGCCUCCCAUGAGACCACCCCACAGGGCGCGCACGCCGCCCAUCCGUCCCAUAGCUCCAGCCCCGCAGCCAAGAACCGCGCACGCGCCCUGACCCUCACCACCGAGGGCUCCGAGAGCAGCGUGGCCCCCGAGGCGGGCACCUACGUGCAGGGUAUGAACGUCCUGGCUGCACCCUUCCUUUACGCUGCCCGCAGCGAGGCCGAAGCCUUUGUGGCUUUCCACCAGCUGCUCACCAGGGAGUGCCCCGGUUACAUUCGCGGCGCCAUGGACGGGGUCCACCGGGGCCUAAAGCUGGUCGACAAGGUGCUCGGUAUAGUCGAUGCCAAGCUGAGCAUGUUCCUGACGUCCAAGGGCAUGCAGGCCGAGCUCUACGCGUUCCCCAGCGUCAUGACCCUGUGCGCCUGCACGCCGCCGCUGCCCGAGGUCUUGAGGUUGUGGGACUUUCUGUUCGCAUACGGGCCGCACCUGAACAUCGUCUGCAUUGCCGCGCAGCUAGUCAUACACCGCGACGAGCUGAUGGCCUCGCCCAAUCCUAGUCAUUUCCUGCGGACGUUCCCAGCCUUGAACGCAGAGAAGGUUCAGGCAAUGACCUUGGCCCUUUUGGCCAAGCUGCCGGACGAUGUGUACGCUGAGAUUAUUUCGCACGCAAUGUGA